UAUUGAUUUUCUGAAAUUGAACAUCCUAUAUGGAGUUCAGUUAUUAUUAUUAUUAUUGUCAGUUAAGAAAGCAUGUUAAAUACUCCGUAUAAAGGUAACAUUUAUUUUGAAUAAAGAUGUAUGAUGUUUAUCAUUUAAAAGUAUAUAGAGUUAUUUAUAAAGAAUGGAGAAUGACAAAUGCGUGUUUGAAGAUGUUCUUCAUUAAAAUUUUCAUUGUCAUCCAUUAUAAGAGUAGUAUCGUAAAUAAUGUGUCGCAUUCAAGGUAUUCACAUUCCAUUAUUACAAUUAUUGGCAGAUAACAAACAAAACUUUGAACCACGAGCCGCUAUUCUGAAUCUGUAAAUAAUUUUUUGAACCACUUACUUUGAUCUUUGUAAAAGUAUUUCAAGCUUCUGUAUUCUUUAAUCUCUAAAUACAUCUAAAUGUUCUCAAUCAGUUGAGCAUACCUCUUGUUAGACAGCCCAGCCUUCUAAACUGUUUUUUAUCUGAACCCUGAACUCACUGAUAUGAAAUACAGUGGUUUAGAGUUUUCAAUGCAUUUAUUCAAUCAGAAAAACUUCUACAUUUAACUCAAUAACCAAAAACUCCAGCAAACCCAUUCCUCUACGUUUCUGGAAAACACAUUUUUUGUAGGCCUUUGAUGUCCCGUUAUAUUUUAUUUUCCUACUAAAUAACUGUUAGGAUUCCUUUUUCCAUUUAAGCUUCUUAAUUAAAUACGGAGUAACUCUUAUGUGUUUAGGGUAAUGUUGGUUCUGACAAAAUGCAUGAGUUUUAUUUUUCAUGCUUGUGACUGACUUACAGUUUUGAAGGCUUUGAUGAAAAACUUAAGACCAUUUUAAUAAAUACAGGAACAAUUUGAACUUUAUUGCCUAAAAGAAACUUGUUACCGGAGAAUGAAGAUAUUAGACUGUCUGCCUUCAGAAUUGGAAGUAUAUGUGUUAACCUUCAUUGGAUAUGUUGGUGAUUUUUUAAAAUAAAUACCUGGUAUAAAAAAAGGUAUAAAUUUCUAUUUUUAAUGUGUAUACAAUAUAUAUCAUAAGAUACACAAGUACAAAGCUAUAAGCCUUCAUAUGAUGUGCCACGAAUUUGGGGGGAUGAAAAGUUUAUUCUGUAUUUUAUUUUGAAGACGAGAGCAAUGGAUAUUAAGUGGCUUUCCCCUAGGCUUUGUUUUUACUGAUUGAAUACAAUUAGAUUUUAGAGAUCUUUAAAGAAAGUUUUAAAAAAUUUGAUCACUAAUAAGUAAUCACAAAUUAGUGAAUUACAACCAACAAGUGUCUUAGUUUGGUGUGAGUUCAAAAUACAACUAACCAGCUACUUUAGUUUAAAGGCCUAGCAACAUAAAUGUAUAUUUGAAUCAAAACUCUUUAUGCUUUGCUCACUACACUCCAAACCAACUCCUUGAAAAGCUAGAACUCUCAUUCUAAUUAUAUGAAACAGUUUCCUGUAAAAAAUUAAAAGUAAAACAAACAAUACAAUCUUAUUUUUCUUUAGAAACAGUCUCAAAGAAGCAUUGUUCUAUUACAAAUACCAAGAAGCAUUUAUUGGAUUACUUCUUCUGAUGCAUAAAUUCCCAUUUCAUAUAACGCCAUUGCCUUUUUUUCAUAAGAUGUAUUUCAAUUUUUUUUUGUUCUUGGUUCUUUGAAACUCAUUUUUGUGAAUCUAUACUCACUUUUACCAAAUCAGAAUACCCAUGGUUGUUAAUAUUCCCAUGGACUCCUAAAUUUAAAAAAAAUAUAUAUAAGGCUCCCUGUAUUGAUUUUUCUGAAAUUGAAAAUCCUAUAAGGAGUUCAGUUAUUAUUAUUUUCAGUUAAGAAAACAUGUUAAAUAUAAAGCUAACAUUUAUUUUGAAUAAAGAUGUAUGAUGUUUAACAUUUAAAAAUAUAGAGUUAUCACUUUGUUCGAGUGACUGUGAACUUUAUAAUUUCCAGUUUGAAGAAUGAAGAAUGACAAAUGCGUGUUUGAAGACGUUCUUCAUUAAAAUUUUCAUUGUCAUCCAUUAUAAGAGCAGUUUGGUAAAUAAUGUGUUGCAUUCAAGCUAUUCACAUCUUGAACCACAAGCCGUCAUUCUGAAUCUGUUAAUAAAUUUUCUGAACCACUUACUUUGAUCUCUGUAAAAGUAUUUCAAGUUUCUGUUUUCUUUAAUCUCUAAAUACAUCUAAAUGUUCUCAAUUAGUUGAGCAUACUUCUUCUUAGACAGCCUAGCCUUCCAAAACUGUUUUUUUAUCUCAACUCUGAACCCACUAAUAUGAAAUACAGUGGUUUAGAGUUUUCGAUGCAUUUAUUGAAUCAGAACAACUUCUACGAUUCACUCAAUAACCAAAAACUCGUUAACUUCUAUGAAUCAAUUCCUCUACGUUUCUGGAAAACAUAUAUUUUUGUAGGCCUUCGAUUUUCUGAUAUACAUUGUCCUAAUAAAUAGAGUAACAGUUAGGAUUCCUGUUUCAGUUUAACCUUCUUAAUUAAAUAACUCUUGUGUGUUUAGGGUAAUGUUUGUUAUGACAAAAUGCAUGAGUUUUAUUCUCCAGGCUUGUGACUGACUUAAAGUUUUCAAGGCUUUGAUGUAAAACUUGAGCCCGUUUUAAUAAAUAAAGGAACACUUUGAACUUUAUUGCCCAAAAGAAUUUUGUUUUCUAAUAAAAGCUGCUGUAUAUCUUAAAUAGGUAGUCUUUUAACUAUAUCUUGUUAAGUAGAGAAAUUAUAAUUAAACAGAGUACUUAUCAUCUUUUAAAUAGGCUCAUUCGGCUGGCGAACCACCCAUUCUUUCUUCCCAAUACCGACGCACGACUCUGUUAUAUGUCACAUCUUUACAAUUUGAUUUGGAGGGAAGACAAGGUAUUUAGGUCGUUAUUCAACAAUUACACUACUGUGCCAGGCAAUUGGGUCAACCAAGCAAAGAAUGGGCCACUGGAGUCUAACAUAAAUUCCACAAAACACCCGUACCAAGAUACAGCCAGUGACCUAUUACGUUUAUAUAGAAACGCGUGGAUUCAUAAGGAACGAGUGGGAGAACCAGCCUUUGUACCUCGGCUGGAGCUGAGAAGCAAGGCCGUGCCUACUGUGAGGCUACCGAGGCAUGGGUCUCAGGGCCCUAACAAAGUGAAAAAUUCAAGGGCCCAAUAUUUUAGCUUUCUUCCUAUUAUAUACAGAGUAUAUGUAUUUUUAAUAUAAAAGACAUGCCUUUGUUUAAUUUUAUUGGUGCUGCGUUUGAAAACUGAAAUAGCCCAGCAAUUGACCAAGUACGGAGUACGUAUUAAGUUAGUAGAGGAAUGGCCGAACCAGAU